UCAGUGUUAUUUGAAAAGUGGAAUUAGUUGGAAAAUUAGAUAUGAGAUCUAUUUUCUACCUUGUGGUACUGCUGGUGCUGCACCAAGCAAGUUCAGAAGAAUCAUCGUGGUCUUGGGGUGCAAAAACGAAAGAAGAAACUCAACAAGAAGCAUCAAGCAACGAUGCCCUUCCGGAUGCUUCUCCAAAAUCUUUAAACGGAUUUUACAACGAACAGGAACCGCUUGUAGCCGCACCUAGUGAAUACGAAGAAAUCAAAUCGAAUAGCACCGAAGCCGAACAAGUUAUCGACGAAAUUAUCAGCUCUACGAGAGCAGGUAGAGCUAUAGAUGGUUUCGACGAAGUUUACAGCGAUCCUAAUGUCCAAGAAGCUCUACAAAACGGGGACGAAUCCGAAGCGAGAAAUAUUAUUAAAGACAGACUUUGCGCUUUAGGACUCAUGCAGUGUGAUGGAGUAGAGGAAAAGCGACCAUUCUACACACCUGAAGAACUCAUUUACGCCCAACCUGUAUCUAUAAAUCCAGUCGGUAAACCCAUUCCAACAAUUCCACUUAAAGGAAAUCGCGGCGUCGGCUACGGCCCCCCAAAACCUGUCCCGUACCCCAACCGUCCUUCGUCUUUUAGUAAAUUCCCUCCUAAUAAAUUCGGUCCUCCAACUAAUUCCGCAUACUAUCAACAAGGGAAACCUCCUCGGCGUCAUUUUGGCAUACCCCCUUCCAAACCUUUCUAUGGAAAACCCGGAGGAAACGGUGAAAUAUACGAAGGAGGUGAAUUUUUCAACAAACCACCUACUUUCACUUCGGGAUUGAAUGAUUUCAUACAACCCAUUGAACCGGAAACUCCUCCUUAUAAAUUCGAACAAGGAUCUUCUCAAUUUGGCCAACAUAAAGAUAAAAAAGUGGAAAUAACCGUACACGCUCAAGGAGGAAAUGCGGCCGCUGUGGGAUCAGUUAAUAAAGGCGCCGUAGAACACGUCCAUCACCAUUACCAUCAUAAUGUAGACGACGGUAAACCAGUAGUAGUGAAUCCCGUUCCGAUCGCAUCUGCAGCGGUCACUACAACUGACUUAUCAUCAUCAAACGCCUUCGGAGCAAAUUUCGGUAGUUUCAAACCUUCUUCUCCGAUUUCUUCAUCAUCUGGUUUAGGUCAUUUCGCAUCUACUUCCGAUUUUGGAUCUCCAAAUCAUUUUGGUUUCGGUUCUGGUUCCAACAACGGAUUUGGAUCUUCCAACGGUUAUCCCGGUGCUAGUAAUAGUUUUCAACAAAGUACUUACGGUGGCCAAUCGAUAGUAAGUUACGGGGGAUCGAAACCGAUUACCGAGAAUUAUCACGAACCGAAUUACGGAAGCUUUGGAGCUUCAGUAGGUUCGUUCGGUUCGACAAAUCUAUACAAAAAAGAACUAAACUUGAACCAGUUAAACAAUAAUCAUCUUCAAGGCGGUUACGCUGAUAAAUAUCAAGGUUUGGAGUCGGCCAGAGCUGAGAAUUACGAUUGUGUGUGCGUUCCUUACGACCAAUGUCCCGCUCACGACAUCAUUGGACGAAAAGACGAUUUAUAUUUACCGUUGGAUCCGAGAAACUUGAAAAGUGAUAUUGACGCUCUUAACGAAGAAGAACGCGUCAUUACCGAUGGUAACGGUACUAUGACAGUUGUAAAGGUUAACAAAGAUACCGGUUUAAAUGCCACCACCGUAGAGGAAGUUAAGGAAGAAGGCAAGAAGAUUAGCAAGAGAGAUACUGCCGAUGUGGACGCUAAAUUGAGUACGGAUAAACCAGAAGCGCGUCAAUUCUACGGAGGUCGUCCGCAAGUAUGUGGUCCAAGACACGUUUGUUGCAAACGUCCUCUACGUCCCCAAGUACCACACGUUAACCGCCAAUGUGGUACAAGACACACUCAAGGUAUAAACGGACGUAUCAAGAAUCCUGUAUACGUCGACGGCGACAGCGAAUUCGGUGAAUAUCCAUGGCAAGUUGCCAUACUUAAAAAGGAUUCAAAAGAGAGCGUUUAUGUAUGUGGAGGUACAUUGAUUGAUCCUUUACAUAUUUUGACAGCAGCACACUGUGUUAAAACGUACACUGGUUUCGACUUGAGAGCGCGUUUAGGGGAAUGGGACGUCAACCACGACGUCGAAUUCUACCCCUAUAUUGAACGAGACGUAGUUUCAGUACAUGUACAUCCGGAAUUCUAUGCCGGUACCCUUUACAACGACAUAGCAAUUUUAAGAAUGGACAAACCGGUUGAUUGGUCAAAACAUCCCCAUAUCAGUCCAGCUUGUUUACCGCACCCACGCGAAGAUUACACUGGAGCCAGAUGCUGGACUACUGGAUGGGGAAAAGACGCUUUUGGUGAUUUUGGAAAAUACCAGAAUAUUCUUAAGGAGGUAGAUGUACCAAUCGUUGAUAGUGGUAUUUGUCAAAGGCAGUUGCAACAAACUAGAUUAGGAUAUGAUUUCAAACUUCAUCCUGGUUUUAUCUGUGCCGGAGGAGAAGAAGGUAAAGACGCCUGCAAAGGGGACGGUGGUGGUCCCAUGGUUUGUGAAAGAGGAGGUACAUGGCAAGUGGUUGGUUUGGUCAGUUGGGGUAUAGGAUGCGGCCAAACUGGAGUUCCUGGAGUAUACGUCAAAGUUGGCUACUACCUCGACUGGAUAAAACAGAUCACGGCAAGAUAUUAAGUUAAUGCUAGGAGAUUUUUGUACAGAAUGUCUUCUUGUUUAGUGUUCAUUCUAAAGUACAUGAAAAUGUACCCAUAUUUAAGGUUAUUUAUUUAAAAAAAUUAUAUUUAUAAAUAGGGUAGUUUAAUUUAUUAAUAUAACUAAGCUUUAGUUUGUUUUCAUUUUAUUUUGUUCUUUGUGAUGUUUAUAUCUCAAAUGUACUGAUUUUUAUUUCAAUAAAAUUUUUAUAAAACUUAUAAAA